GGCGGUCCGUUCAACUCAACAUGACAGCCCAAGACACCCAAGGGGAACACUUUGGUGUCACGCAUAAAAGGGACAUCAGCACAGAGCUACUAUUAUGCCUAAAGAACAUGGAUAUAUCAGAUAAAACCCCAAAACCCUUGUGUAAGGAAUUGCUGAAACAGAUAGAAAAGUUAAAGCUUAAAGUGGACAUCAGCAAGAGUAAUAGUAUCAAGAAUAUAGAGAAAAAGAGAAGCUCAUGUCAGCCAAAGACACGCAUCUUCUUCCUAAAAACUCACAAGACUGCCAGCAGCACAAUUAUGAACAUACUCUUCAGGUUUGGAGACUCUCGAAACCUGACCUUUGCUUUUCCUUCUAAAAAUGCAACACAGUUCUACUACCCUGGAUUUUUUAGUGCUUCUCAGGUGGACAACUUCUCUGAUUACAACAACAAUACAUUCCAUAUCAUGUGCCAUCAUAUGAGGUUCCGGCUUACUGAGGUGGAAAAGGUGAUGCCAAGUGACACAUUCUACUUUACCAUCCUGAGGAACCCAAUCUACCUCAUGGAAUCUUCCUUCUCAUACUAUAAAUCAACAUCAUCCUUUGCCAAAGCUAAGAGUCUGGAGGAUUUUCUCAAUAAUACCACUAAAUACUACUCAAAAAGUAAUUAUGCCAAGAACCUAAUGACCUUCGAUCUUGGCUUUGAUCACAAUGGUCUAGAAUCUGCUAAGUAUUUUAAGCUCAUGCAGGAGGCAGUGGAGAUAAUAUUUGACUUGGUGCUGAUCACAGAAUACUUUGAUGAAUCAUUGGUGCUCUUGAAGGAUGCCCUGUGUUGGACGUAUGAAGAUCUGUUGUCAUUUCCUCUUAAUAGCAGGAGCGACAUCACCAAAAAGGCCCUCCCUCUGGAAACCCAGGAAAGGAUCAAGGCAUGGAAUCAGCAUGACUGGAAACUGUAUAAUUACUUCAACAGGACCUUCUGGAAUAGGGUGGAGAAAUUUGGAAUAGAGCGUAUGAAGAGGGAGGUGGAAGAACUAAGGCAGCAAAGGGCUCAAUUGUCUAAAACUUGUUUGCAGGGUAAGGUAGAAGCCAAAGAAAUAAAAGACAAGUCAUUGAAACCAUUCCAGUAUGGCAUGGCCAAAAUUAUCGGGUACAACUUAAAGCCAGGAUUGGGAAUGGAGCAAAAGAUACUGUGCCAGAGAUUGGUGACUCCAGAACUUCAGUAUAGCGAUCUCUUGCGUAAGAAACAGAGGCAGAAAAAUGAACAUGUUCAUGUCCUAAAACACAACAAAGUAAAAAAUAAAAACAAAAAAGUAAAACCAAAAUAAUCAAUUCAGUUCAGUGAAAUGGUCCAGCAGAUUUUAGGAAUUAUUCGGAGAACAAAUUAUAUGCGGAAUCCAAAAGCUAUACUUGGAAUAGUAGUAACAGAUCCCAAGACCAAACAUUCUGCAGUUAUAAAAAAAAUUUUU